CUGGAGGGAUCAAAUCUGUACCAUCUGACGCUCAAGGAUUUAUGGGUUUAGUCAAAAUUGCUUUUCCCACUGUGGAGAUUAAGCACCGUAGGAUGUUUUCCACUCAGGCCGUAGAAUAGCUCAGUGUAGCUGCUGCUGUUACUGAUUUUCCUCCCUCUUAUCAGCUCCAGCGCUGGAGAAGGGAAUGUCUCAGCAAGGCAGAGUGCUCCGAACCCUUGAGGGGAGUAGAUUCUGACUGACAGGAGAGGUCCGUCCUCUGGGGAAUGUGAACCAUGCAGGUGGAUGCUGCUCUUGUGCUCUUUUGUGUUUGGCUCGCCGGUGCCGCUGGGAGGAUCACCCAGUCGAGGGGUCACAAAUUGGAGUCCUACAAACAGAGCAGGUCGCGAAGAGAGACCAGCAUGGAUGGGGGUGGAGGUCAAAAAACCGGAAACCCAAUUUACAAGCGGAGUCCAGACAUGACAAAAACUCUGAUGACAAAAUCUGAGCAACUCCUGAGAAUAGACGACCAUGACUUCACCAUGAGGCCGGCCUUUGGAGGUCCUCCAAUUCCUGUUGGAGUGGACGUUCAGGUCGAAAGUCUGGACACCAUCUCAGAGGUGGAUAUGGACUUUACCAUGACGCUGUACCUGCGUCACUACUGGAAGGACGAGCGGCUGUCGUUCCCGAGCACCAACAACCAGAGCAUGACCUUUGACAGUCGCCUGGUGAAGAAGAUUUGGGUUCCCGACAUGUUCUUCGUCCACUCCAAGCGCUCAUUCAUCCACGACACCACAACCGAAAACGUCAUGCUGAGGGUUUACCCGGACGGCAACGUCCUCUACAGUCUCAGAGUCACUGUUACUGCCAUGUGCAACAUGGACCUCAGCCGCUUCCCUCUGGACACCCAAACCUGCUCGCUGGAGAUCGAGAGCUAUGCGUAUACAGAUGACGACCUGAUGUUGUACUGGAAGAAAGGCAACGAAUCCCUGAACACGGACGAAAGAAUAUCUCUGUCCCAGUUCCUCAUCCAGAAAUUUCACACUACCACCAAGCUGGCUUUCUACAGCAGCACAGGCUGGUACAAUCGUCUGUACAUCCACUUCACCCUGCGGCGCCACAUCUUCUUCUUCCUGCUGCAGACCUACUUCCCUGCUACUCUGAUGGUCAUGCUGUCCUGGGUGUCCUUCUGGAUCGACCGCAGGGCCGUCCCCGCCAGGGUGCCACUCGGCAUCACCACAGUGCUUACCAUGUCCACUAUCAUCACCGGGGUCAACGCCUCCAUGCCGCGGGUCUCCUACAUCAAGGCAGUGGACAUUUACCUCUGGGUCAGUUUUGUCUUUGUCUUCCUGUCGGUGAUAGAGUACGCGGCGGUCAACUACCUCUCCACCGUACAGGAGAGGAAAGAGAGGAAGCUGAGGGAGAGACUGCCGUGUACAUGCGGCAUUGGCAACCCGGAUGACAUGAUGAUCGAUCCCCAGAUCACUGGCUACGGGUCCAUGGAUGUCAACACCACGGGGAAUUACGGGAUGCCAGAGAACGGCGGUCGCCAGGAUCGAAUGUUGGCCCAGGUGUCACUGAAUGACCCGCAGAUCACAGGCCAGGUGAAGCCAUCCAGAGGCUACGUGAACGUUUGGAUAGACACCCACGCCAUAGACAAGUACUCGAGGGUUGCGUUUCCUGGAGCAUACAUCCUCUUUAACAUCAUCUAUUGGUCCAUCUACUCGUAACCCCCCGGGAUGCAGAAAUAGAUCCUCUGUGAGAGUUGUCGAUGAUAAGACUCCAGGAGCUUGGCUCGUUUGUGAAAGAGCAGGGAAAUAACAUUGCAUUUGAUGCUUUUCAGAGAAGACUUCUCUUAUGAUGCAUGGGGACCAUUGACAGAUUGGUGAUCAUUGCCUUCUCGACCCAGCCACUUAAAACUGAAGAGUUUAUAAAUCAGCCACUGACAAACAGGACAGUUGUUAUUUUCUCUCCGUCAAAUCUUUGUGGUUUCAUGUUGUAACUAUAGACGUUUGGAUAUUGUUGUCACCUGAGAACUUACUGCACAGAGAGACGCACAAAUAUGGACCCGUGUCACUGUGCAGUUUAAACUCAUUUCAGUUCUCGAUGCAGUGACUGAAAACAGAUUACUGACAUUACAAGCGUUUGGACAGAUUCCUUCUCUUUUUGCAUUUGAACGAGACUCGACAAUCAAUGAACACAAUCGUAUCUUGGCUGAAAAAACAAAUGAGCGCCGUUUCCCAAAAUGUUUAACUAUUUCUUUAAACAAAAAAAAACCCUGAUAAUCUGACUUUUCUUAAAGUUCGAUCUUUCUUUUCAGCACGUUAGUAAGAUUCAGUAUGUGUUACAUUUUCUUGUGAUCUUUGUAUCGAUGCAAUUAUUUUGCUGUCAAGCUACUUACUGCGUUGCAUUUGUGUUAUUUGACAAAGUUUAGUAAAAAAAAAAAAGCAAAAUAAUGCAGUCUAUUAAAAACACAAAUGUAAAAAA